CCAAACGUCCAUAAUCGUCCCACGGAUCCAUUUACCAUAGCUUAGAUUACAGAAUUGCAAGCCCGCUGACGCCGGCUACCGUGAGUCGCGCUGUCAGCGGAGGGAAAUGCAUGACGUUAGAAAUACAAGAAAUAAGUCAGAUUCCGAACGCCGAGCGAGCAAGGCGAUUUUGAUAAAACCCUACUAUACCAGAACCAAAACAAUAACCAGCCAUGAACGCCACCGAGAACACCCCAGCUAAGGCGCACCAGAGAGCCGCUGCAUCAGCAGAGUCACCCGAAGUCGUAGACCUCACGGAUUUCUCCGACGCCGAGGAACCGGAGUCCGCUGCCAAGGCGGACGAGGAAGCCGCCCCGAAGCCAGGAGUAGCCGAAGAACCCCACACCUCCGAUGGGGACAUGUACGCAGAUAUGGAGCUAGACGCCGACGAGGCAGGGGCAGCCGACCACGAGGGUCCCCGAGACAGCCCCCCGCUGUUCUCCCGCCGACCAUCCGGGUUCCGUCGAGAGAACCUGUGGUCGCCGCCGCCGUAUAAACGACGAGCCGCGCCCUGCUCCCCGGAGCCAGGGUCACCGUCAUUCGAAGAGGAGUUCGAAGAUGCCGGUUCCUGCCAGCACAGCUUCCCUGAACCAGAGACGCCAUCAUACGCGCCGAUGUUCGAACAGGAGUUUGAAGAUGCCGGUUAUCACCAGCGGCGCGAUCCCCGAACCGGCCCCGAAACAGAGACCUUUCACCACACGGUCACGCCAUGGGGGUUACGCGUCACGCGUAACCACCAGAUGUCCGUAGACGUCUUUGUCCCUCCCGGCCGGAAUGUCAACGCGUUCUUCAGGACAUUCCGAGAAGCCGCGGAACCAAUCGACUACCGCUCCGAACCGGCCGCCCCAGCCAGGGCAAGCCCCCCGCACGCCGAAGCGCGACCGCCAACGCCCGCAUCGGAUCCUCCCCGAUGCCCCAAUCCUCCCGAAGAGUCAGCGGCGGCCACGCCCCCGCACGCCGAAGCGCGACCGCCAACGCCCGCAUCGGAUCCUCCCCGAUGCCCCAAUCCUCCAGAAGAGUCAGCGGCGACCACACCAACGCACGCCGAAGCGCCCCACGCGGAGGCAGCGCAAGGCCCUCCCACUGAAUGGCCCACCGGGGCUACAGAAGAGGGAAACGCCGCUCCGGUUCGACAAGCGGAGCUGACCGAACCGGAGGAGCAGUGGGAAACGGGGCCGGACAGCGGGUACCCCACCAUGACCAUACGGAGGGUAAAACAACCCGUUGCGGAGGAGACGGCGCCGACCCCCCAAACUGGGGAGUGGGAAGGACAAGACGAGUUGCUGGUGGACUGCGACUUGGAUGAAAUACUACGAUUUCUUCAAGACGAAUCUACGCGGGAGGGGCAAAGUCCAGCGGACUUCUCCCUGAUCGAAGAGCUGAACCAGCCCACCCAGUGGGUAAUCGCGCCGGCAGAUUGGCAGGUGAACGUCCCGGGCCGGGCCCUACCGGCGGGCCUCAUCGAGGAGAUACACCAGCGGCUGCUGGAAGCGGAGAAGCUCCGUUUCCGAAGCUGGUCCUGGGAUCAGUGCUACCGGGUCCACAAGCGAUCCCGGGCCGCGCCUCCGAGACACGAACCGUUAGCCGGCGACAACUCCCCACCGGGCCAACACAUUACCCCCACCACUAAACUUAAGCUCCCGAAGAACAGACUAGCCGAUAAGAACCCCCGCCCCUUCCCUUCGCGGCUUCGGGACGCUCCGCGAAGCGGCAGCCAAUCCGAAGCCGACGAAGACGAAGACACGUAG